AGAUUAACUAUGUAAUGACUAGCAGAGAGCCGUGCCAUAUCAAUGUCUUCUGCGCGGUACAUGGAAUAAUAGCCGAUGUUUCAUGGAAUAUCUCACACGGAGAGAGUACAGUGGCACAAUUACAAUUUCCAUUGUGGCGUACUGUUUCUGAUUUUGAUGAGUACAAAGGGAUAAGUGGAUCGGUGCUAAAUGUGAGCAGAGUUAAUCCAGAGCUCACCUACAGCUGCACCGCAAAGACUCGCUUCAGUACAGCGUCCAGAUCUGCAACCCCGUUGGAAUACUGCCAGCAAGGAAAGAUAUCAUCUGAGAAUAUCAAUAUUAACUAUUUAAUCACUGAUGAGGAGGCCUGCAGUGUCAAUGUGUUCUGCACUGUAUAUGGAAUCCCUGUGCCGGUAUCAUGGAGCGUUACACAUGGAGUAGGGGCAGUGAAUCAACUAACUUUUCCUCAUAGAAUGUACGGCACUUAUUUUAAUGAAUUAAACAAAAAUAUAUACGGGGAAGUGUUAGAAGUGCUCAAUGCUGAUCCGGAGCUCACCUACAGCUGCACGGCAGCCACUGCCACCAAUGCAACAUCCAUAUCUGUGAGACCGUGGGAAUACUGCCAGCAAGGAGGAACCCUGAGAGACAGACGUUACACCAUAGAGAAUACCAUAAGGCUUGCCCUGGCUGUGUGUAUACUCCUCUCUGGCUCAUUGCUCUGUUACUGCCAUAUCAAGAGACAAGUCAACUAAUGGCUGUUAUCCUUUAUAUUAUCCCCCCUCUUGGCUAGGUGCAGUUGCUUAAUCCAUCCCAUCUUCAUAAAUUGACAUAUUUUAUAAGAA